AUGGAUCCUCAGAGCGUAGCCUUCCAGCCGCGCGACGAUUUCUGGCGUUUUCAAAGCGAAAUGCUACGUGUGCAGGAGCACCAGGCCGAACUCGCCGAUCGUGUCGCCCGCCUGGAGCGCAAGCAGGAAGACGACUCGCGUCUGAAGAACGUCUGGGGGACUUCAUCGCCCUUUCCUUCGGUGCUGGGGGGAACACCCCAACAGGUUCCCCUGCAGCAGCCAACCGCCGAACACUUCACGAACUUCGACGACCAGUCCAGCAAUCUCAUCGGCAAUCUCCAACUUGACGCCGACGAGGAACCCCGCCGUGUAGGGGCCACAUCUCGCGCGAACAGCGUCCGCUUCGAUGAAACUGCCAAUCACGGUCACUGGGCGCAUGCAUCGAGAUCGUCGCUGGAUUUGAUACCCCGCACUGGUAGCAGCAUAGGCGGGCAUGUCAUGAGCGAGCGCAGCUACUCCCACAAGUCAGACGGAAGGCAAAGUUCUGCCGGCCAGUCGGUGCAUUCUAUGGCUUCGGGUCGCGCCAACAGCCUCACUAGCUUUGGUCCGACAACGCCUCAAGACGUCCCAGGGCUGGCUCCUGGCUUGUUCAUUCUCGGCUCCGUUCCUGCUAUAAUACGUUGCUGGCUCAACACCAACUUCAAACACGAUACCUUGCUGUAUGCAGCAGUCUGUUCAGGUUCAUACACAUCCUAUCUGGACUGGUACACAAUUGAACACCUGGGCUUUCAGGAUCGGGUCAUUUUGGACGAGGACCGGGUUCGCAAGAUCAAGCUGUCUGUCUACCUUCCAGAGGCUGUGCCUGUUUCAGCAUCUUCACGAUCCGACAGCCCGGCGCCGCAGCUUCCUUCGAUAGGCGUAGAUUUCACCGUCAUCGAGGAGCACGACGCUGAGGUGAAUCCAAAAGCCAUUCAGAUUUUCCUUGGUAGCGACAUGCUUCGAGCACAUAAUGCCGACCUCCUUCUUUCAUGCAACCAACUGACUCUGUAUGAUGAUGACCGUAACAAGCUUCAGGUACCACUCGUCCGUCCUGAAGAUGAUCGCGCGUUCAAGUGCUUGCACGCUAGCGGUGCCCCUACGACGGAUCCGAACCGCGCUACUUCGACUCUGGCUUCAGCGCACGCGCAUCACACAACUCAGAUGUCUAGCAAUUCACCGACCCGUGAGACGUAUUCGUCCUUGGAGAAAUCGAAUGGCACAGGCCCAGUGACCAACUCUGAGGAUGGCGGGUCAAGUGGCCGGAGGAGUCUCGAACAGCGUCCACAGCCAGGCCUCUCAGCGUCAAGUCGCUCUGACAAGGAUGCUCAGGAGCCGGGCUCUGUAAGUGGAGCUCCACAAUCAGGAGCACCGCAAGCCAUCUGGAGCAACUGGCGCCGUGACCAAGCGGAGAAGACAAACACGGGCUCUCUGGAUUGGGCCAACGUGGGUAAAACCGCCAGCUCAGAUCCCAGCUACCAGCGACGUGAUACAGGCAUCAAAGUAUUGAAACCUUCUAAAUCCACGCGUACUCUGUCGACGUCAAACUCAUCACCUGUGACCGGGCAGUCACGCUUCUUUGAUGAUGGAAAGCGCAGAGGCGAGAGCGAAGCAAGCAACCGUGCGGCGGCUCCUCCGGUGAAGAGGAGUGUGUCUGGGGACAAAGCAAGGGAAAAUAUGCCUGGCCUGUCGAAGCCUCGAUCUGCGAAUCCACGGAAGAUCGUGGUCCCCGCACGAGACUCGUCCAACGGCGACGGCACGCAUUCACCGAAUGUGGGCAGCGUCGGUGUAGGGUCCCCUCGCUCCUCCCCGCAACCCUCAGCAUCGCCGCCACGCUAUCUGCCACCGCACCUGCACGACGAAGUCCUGGUCGACACGCCCGAACCAGGCACGCUCUCGGCGCGAGACAGCUACACCGGGGCCAGCUCCCCCAGCGAAGCCUACGCCAAUUUGACCCUCGACAGCCGCGAGGGCUCCGUCACCGACCUGGACCGCACACGCACCACCGAAGCACAUCCUCAACGGCCCCCUCCACGCGCAUCCUCACCCGCUAAGCGCCUCCACUCCGACAUGGACGACAAGCCCGACGCACACGGCACGCGCACCAACGACGCGCCCUCGGCCGCCCGCGCCAGCAAGCCCCUGCCUACCAGCACACCACAGCGCAGUGCACGCGCAACUUCCGUAGAGAUGGCCGACGCGCCCGCCGGCAGCAGCCCCGACGGCGACGGCGACGAUGACGCCACUGAGCAGCAGGGGCUCCCAGACAUCGACGUGCAGGUGACUCGCGUCAUGGGCAUGAUGUCGAGCGAGGCCCUUGUGGAAGGGCAGGAGGGCUACAUUAUUUCCGAACAGUGGCUAGAGCGCGUGUGGGCAAGGACGUCGGAGAACAGAGGCAGGCCCAACGACUUCAGCAGGAACGCGACCUUGGGUCCCGUGGGCCCUGUCGACAACUCGCACCUCGUCGACCCAGAACUAGCGCACGAGAACUUGGUCGACCAGCAUGGCGAUGACUUCGUCGCGCUCAGCAAGGAGACAACCAUGGGCCAAGACUUCGAGAUUGUGCCCCGCAAAGCGUGGGAUCUGGUCCUUAGCUGGUACGGGCUUGAGAAGUCGAGUCCCGUCAUACGCCGCUACGCCCACAACACGGUACCGGGCCAAGUCAGCGAGGAUAUUUCUUACGAGCUGCACCCUCCUAUCUUUACCAUCCAGAAAGUGCGAAAAACUCCCAACGCCGCUGACAGCACGAAACCAGCCGCAAGGUUCGUCGCGAGCCGCUACGAGAGCUUUGUAGCCUUUGUCGACGCUGCCAAGAAAGCCGCAGGCGUUGACCCCAACAACAAAGUUCGCAUUUGGCGCAUUCUCACGCCCGCUCCUACAGACCAGCCACAGGCAACACAGCCAUCUGGCAUAUUAACACCCGACGCGUCUCCCCAGAACGGAUCUCCUGUUACACCCGCACCCACGCAACGGCCUACACUCGUUAUGGCGGCCGACAGUUUCAGUGCUCUUGCCUUUGGAUCAGAGCGUGAGCUGGUCACAGGCAAAGACGAGACGGCCAAUGAGACGUUCAACGCGUCUCUGACUUUGGCUGACGCUGGUCUGACCCAGGACCAGAUCAUUGUACUUGAGGAGCAUGACGACAAGGGUGAAUACAUUGCCGACACCACCAAAACAGCUCCCAAGAACAAGGCUGGUGCCCUGACUGGCAAGGGCCUGCAGAGCAACCCCAACAGUGGUAGGAGCACUCCAACGGGAGGCCCCAUGACGCGCGGAAGAAAGCAGAAUGGCAAAGUCCGUGGCCACGUGGGACUUACGAACCUUGGCAACACCUGUUACAUGAAUUCCGCUCUCCAAUGUCUACGGAGUGUCGAAGAGUUGAGCAUGUACUUUCUGAAUAACAAAUGGAAAGACGAGGUCAACAUCGACAACCCCAUAGGCUUCAAAGGUGUAAUUGCCAAGUCGUACGCUGGUCUUUUGAGCUCCAUCUAUGGCUUCGACAACAGCUCAUCUGUCUCGCCCAAAGACUUCAAACUCAAGCUUGGUAGGGCGAAUCCCAUGUUUUCUGGUUAUGGCCAACAGGACUCUCAAGAAUUCGUCAGCUGGCUAGUCGAUGCGCUCCACGAAGAUCUGAACCGUAUACACAAAAAGCCGUACCGAGAGAACCCUGAUUCCGAUGACAAUACCUUCCGGGACCCUGAGGCAGUCAAGCAACUCGGCGAGGUCUAUCGGGAGAACCACCGAGCUCGGAACGAUUCUGUAGCCAUGGACUUGUUUAGUGGUUUUUACAAGAACACCAUGGUUUGUCCGGAUUGCGAGAAGGUCAGCAUCACGUUCGACCCAUACAGCCAGCUUACACUGCAGCUGCCGGUAGAGCAGUCUUGGUCCCAUACCGUCACAUACGUGCCAUUGUACGGGAAGCCUUGUCGAAUCGAGCUUGACUUUGACAAAAAUGCCACUAUCAAAGCCUUGAAGGAGUUCGUCGGCAAGCGCUGCGGCGGCGUUCCAGCCAACCGUAUCAUGGCGUCCGAGGUGUAUAGUCACAAAUACUAUCGACACUUGGACGAUGCAUCGUCGAUAGCGGAGUCGAAUAUAGGAGCACGGGACGAAAUAUAUUUUUACGAGUUAGAAAUGGCCCCAAGUAAUUGGCCUGCACCUAAGAAGAAGGGCGCCAAGUACCGGAUGACGCUUUCGCAAUCUUCCGACGAGGAGAUUCCGGAGACCGUUUCACCACUCCACGAUCGCGUCAUCUUUCCAUUGUUCCACCGCAUCCCAAGCACAUCCUCGUAUAGAGCCACGGGGCAGUCUAUGGCGUUAUGGCCAAGCUUCAUUGUUCUCACUCGGGAGGAAGCCAAGGAUUACGACACAAUCCUGAGGAAGGUUCUGUCUAGAGUCGCUGGGAUGACUAGUCGCAAGAUUCUUAGUGAGCUCAGCGGACCAAAACAAUCCCGCCCUGGGUCUGAUGUUGUACUGACAACAGAAGAAGAUGCGUCGCCAAACGAUCCACAAAUCAAUGACGGUUCUGUUGAGGGCGAGGACAUUGUGGAGGUGACGAUGACGGAUGCAAAGGAUACGCGUUUCGCUCAAGUCGAUGAGGCUAACCAGGUUCCGGAAGUACUUCGGCCGGGUAGCUACAUUCAUCCGGAGUUCAGGGCACUUUUCGAGAUGAAGCACACACGAAAGAGCUCAGAGAUUGUUACUACAGGUUGGAGUACCGUCGAUUAUUCGAAGCCACUUGAGCCUAUCACCAAACGAGUCAGGAUACCACCAGCUCGAGAAGAGUCUGUACAAUCGUCCGCUGCUGGAAGCGAAACUACGUCUAGCGACGAAGACGAGGACGUGUCACAGUCCACGAUUGUCGACGCCGACGCAGCGAUUGAUGCCGCCAACGUCAGCAGCGACGAGGAAAUGCAAUCAGUCGAGCCGGCAGCACAAGAGUUUGCCCGUUCGGGCCGUCAGAACAAGAAGAAGAGCAAGAAAGCGCGGAAGCAUGAGCGCAAAAUGGAGCGAAAGCACAAAAACAGCAAGAACUUCAAGAGUAAGAAAGCAGGCAAAGUGCCAGACCAGCCGAACUACCCUGACGAACCUGACGACGAGUCGGAUGAGAGAUUGCUCCGAAUGGGCGAGGCCCUUGUCCUUGAUUGGAAUGCCGAGGCCUAUGAUGCUCUAUUUGGCGCCUCUACGACGGACGAUGACAGAGGUGCGGACGUCAUGAAGAACAUAGAGGUUCUCGAUGACACAGAGCUUCGCGAAAAGAAAGAGAGGCGCGCAGCUCGUCGCAAAAACGGCAUCAAUCUUGAUGAAUGUUUUGUCGAAUCUUCUAAGAGCGAGGUUCUUUCCGAAGAUAACGCAUGGUAUUGCAGCCGUUGCAAGGAGAGGCGUAGGGCGACAAAGACACUCGAAAUCUGGACAGUUCCUGACAUCUUGAUUAUCCAUCUGAAGCGCUUUAGCGGGGCGAGAAACCUGAGAGACAAGAUCGAAGAUCUGGUUGACUUCCCUGUAGAGGGACUAGAUCUGUCCGGCAAAGUCGGUUUCCCUGAAGGCAAGGAUCUCACCUAUGAUCUCUUCGCAGUCGACAAUCACUACGGUGGGCUUGGAGGCGGUCAUUACACGGCCACUGCUCAAAACUUCUUCGACAAGCAGUGGUACGACUACAAUGACUCCAUAGUGUCUCGGUGUGAAUCCGGCCGCAAGGCCGUAUCGAGAAACGCCUACCUUUUGUUCUACCGCCGGCGUUCCCCCGUCCCUUUAGGCCCUCCCUCUCUUCAGCAAAUUGUAACCGGCGACAACAGCAAUCCCGACUCUGAUGAAGAUGCAGACGACCAACAACUUCGCUCUCGGUCACCGGCGGGAAACGGCUUGCGCCUCGACGAUUCGUCCCGCAAUGGGUCGUCGAGCGCUGGCGCAGUCGCAGCGGGAGCCGUAGCCCUGCGCGGGGGUGGUUAUCAGCACUCAGCAGCCGCGAACCGUCCAAAGAACGGAGUCGCAGCCGGGAGCCAGAGUGACGAUGAUGAGCUACCAUCCUAUGGCGACGAUGAGGGCUACGCUGAUGACGGUGCUUACACGUCCACUCCUUGGGAAAUGGACGCUGAUCAACCAGCUUGGAGCUUCAGCGGCCUUGGCAGUGCGAACAUGGAUCGCCGUAACGACUCGGAUGAUGACGGUGCCGCGUCUGAUACCGGAGCGAUGGGUUCCGUAGGUGAUGGAGAGAUGAGCGAAAGGAUGCAAGACUUUGAUGACGAUGGCGGUGUCAAGAAUGGCUGGGGUGGUGUCGGCACACCCGUCGCACAGCAAGAUGAUGAAGUUGCCGAGAUCAGGCUCGUCGGCGAAGACUGA